AUGGCUACAGCUACUGAAAAUAUCCAAGGCAAUAUAAUAAUUCUUGGUGCCACAGGAGCCACGGGCUUACAGCUUGUUGAACAAGCAUUAGCACGUGGUUAUCGAGUAACAGCACCUGUACGAAAUCUGAAAAAAUUGAAACAUAUCGAAAAUAAAAAUCUUGAGGUAGUACAAUGUGAUUUGAUGAACCCGAUAGAUUUAGCUAAACAUAUGAAAGGACGUACUGCUGUUUUAUCAGCUCUUGGUUAUCCUGGCUAUACAAUAUGGCCAAUAACUUUUUAUGAAGAUUCAAUUAGAUCAAUAGUAACAGCUAUGCGUCAAGCAAAUAUUAAGCGAUUCAUAGGCAUUACUUCAAUGUAUUCAAAAUACCAACCACAAUAUCCAUUUAUGAUUAGGUUUCUAAUUCGUCCAAUGAUUAGUCGAACUCUUGAUUCAAUGUUUAAUAUGGAAGAACAUCUUGAAAAGGAAUGUCAAGAUUUAGAAUAUACAAUUAUACGACCACCUGUUUUAGUUAAUGAUUCUAUUAUCGAAAGUGAAAUUAAAGUUUGUGAAAAUGAUUAUCAGUUUCCUGAUCAAUCAACAGUAAUGCGUAUACCACGAGCAAAUGUGGCCCGUUUUAUGUUAGAUAUAUUAAAAGAUAAGAGAUAUAUUCGACAAGGUCUUGCCAUUGAUAUGCCAAAAAAUACUACAUAA